ACGCUGUCGGAGCUCAUAAGGACCCGCUUGGAUCGCUUCCCUCUUGAUCGUCUGCCUGCCGCUCUCCAGCCUCUCCAGCCUCUCCAGCCUCUCCAGCCUCUCCAGCCUCUCCAGCCUCUCCAGCCUCUCCAGCCCGGCAUCCUCAACCACCACCGCUGCCGCCAAGUCAAAUCGGCUGCUUUCUGUGAGAUCCCGCACUCGCCUUUUCUCCAUCAUGCAUCUGUCCAAAUCGUGUUUGCUCGGCCUCGUCGUCGUCGCUCUUGGAUCGACCGCCGCUCUUGCUGACCCGAGCGCCGCCAGCCAAGCCUCCUCGGCCGUCUCCGCCGCGACGAGCUCGGUCUCACACAGCGCUGCAGGCGUCCAGAAAACCCCCCUCGUCAACUCGCAGGCUGUUGUCGGUGACAGCGACGACGACGAUGACGACCAGGAGAUCGAGAUCGUCGAGCCUGUCUACGACCCCGACGCCAAGCCCCCCAGCUUGCUCGUCUCGUACGCUACCCAGGCCGCCUCGUGGUCCCGCGCCAAUAUCUGGUGGACACUUCCGAUGAUCCUGGCCAUGCUCAGCUUCAACGUCGCCUAUCUGUUCUAUGCUCUUGGCUCAAUGCACUCGGAAGAGUCCGUCACUGUUCGCGCCUUUGUUGUCCGCAAGCCCGCCGCCGAGGUUUAUGAGAGCCUGGUUGACUUUGCGGCCUAUCCUUCCUGGAAGCCCGGCUGCGCCUCCGUCAGCGUCAUCGAGGCCACCAAGGAGGGCGAGAACGCCCGCCUCGUUGAAAAGGAUCUGGUUGGUCGCCAAGCCAUCUUUGAAAUCACCGAAAAGGUCGACAAUGAACUGCUGGUCUACAAGACCUUCCACAAGAACCCCGAAAAGCUCUGGGCCUCGACCGAGUGGACCUUUGAGAUUGAGCCCCGCGAAGGCAAUCCCGAUCAUACUGUCGUCUACAUCGUCACCAAGGACCGCGUCUGGCUUUCGAUCCACAGAUAUGCCGUGGCUCUCUACGGAUUCGACGCCAAGGUCCACAAGCUCAUCGAGGCGUUCUCUCUCCACCACGGCAUCAAGAAGCCCAAAGUCUUCCGCCCCGUCGAGGGCCAGCUCGUUAUCCCCACUGAAGCUGACGAAGCCCGCGAGGCUGUCCGCUACAGCGACAACGAUGACGAUGACGAGGAUGAUGAUGAUGCUGCUGAGGCCGAUACCAAAGAAGCCGAGGUCCGCAAGCGCGGCAAGUCCAACAAGUCCUCGCUCCGCAACCGCAAGCCCCAGCGAAAGUAACAGCCCCACUCAGCAGGGCAUGUCCUUGCGUCUGCUUGGCCAGCCACAGCCGGCAGCCACGACUCGGAGCCGCACUUCGGUACAUGCGGAAGUUUUGCCGAUAUCCAACCCACCGUCUUCCGCAACAAUUCAUCUCAUCUGGGCCUAUCUCGACUUUCC